CGCCCUCAGUAAAGAUGGCAGUAGCAUUGGCCAGGAGGGAGGCGGUGCUGCGCCUGCGCAACAAGCUCGGCUGGGAAGAUGGCGGAUGACAAGGAUUCUCUACCCAAGCUCAAAGACCUGGCAUUUCUCAAGAACCAGCUGGAGCGCCUGCAGCAGCGUGUGGAAGACGAAGUCAACAGUGGUGUAGACCAGGAUGGCUCGCUCUUGUCCUCUCCAUUCCUCAAGGGCUUCCUGGCUGGCUAUGUGGUGGCCAAACUGAGGGCGUCAGCAGUAUUAGGCUUUGCCGUGGGCACCUGCACUGGCAUAUAUGCAGCUCAGGCGUAUGCUGUGCCCAAUGUGGAGAAGACAUUGAGGGACUAUCUUCGAUCACUGCGCAAGGGGCCCGACUAG